AUGAUGCUUCGCUGGGUCUUGUUCGCUUUGUUCUUUGGUAUCUGUGCCAGUGCCGGAGAACAGAAGAGAAAAACACCAGCGUCUGAGUCCUUGUCGAGAGGCUGGGGGAAUGGUGUUACUUGGAUAAAAAGUUAUGAAGAUGGACUGGCAAAGAUGGCCAAAAGUAAGAAGCCCCUGAUGGUCAUCCAUCAUAAGAAAGGCUGCCCGCACAGUGAAGCUCUGAGGAAGGCUUUUAGCAGCGAUAAGUCCAUCCAGAAAAUGGCCAAACAGGAUUUCUUUAUGAUCAACUUGGUGGAAGAGACUACGGACACAAAUUUGGCCCCUGAUGGCUAUUAUGUUCCCAGAAUCCUCUUUGUUGAUCCAUCAAAAGCUGUGCGUAACGACAUCACUGGAAAGUACAGCGAACGCCUCUUCACCUAUGACCCAAAAGACAUGGGACUUUUGGCCAAAAACAUGAAAAAAGCCAAACUCCUGAUGCACAGUGAACUCUAAACAGGCUCCACCUGGCAAUUGGAUUCUAUCUAUCCUUCAGCAAUGCUGGGCUCCAUGCUCAUUGAUCAGCACAGGAAUGGAAACAUCUUGUUGAGAGCUCAAUAAAAUAAUUAUUAACUAAAAUAAUU